GAUCCAUUAUCACGCGAAUUCGCCCUCCUCCCUACUCACUGGCAUUGUCUCAAACAUUAGGAGGGAAGACGGCGGCAGGGCCCUUGCUGUGGAGUAUCCUCUCUUCAAGGAUCGCGCGGGAGCGUCCAUGGCGGCUGCAGGUGAAGCGGGCGCCGAGGGCGCAGUGGCGCUUCGCCGCCUGAGGGAGGCGGACCCGCCGUCAUGGUUAACGCCAUCACCGGAGCUCGCUGGAGCGGCCAGGGCCGCGUCGGAGCAUCUCUUCGCGGCGCUGAGUCCGCACUGCGCUAAGUGUCCCUUGACAAAGCUCUUAGUCGAAGGCUUCGAUACCGAGCAGAUAUGGCAGCAAAUCGACCUCCAGGCAAUAUCUGUGCUCCCGGCGCUCCGCCGAGAGGUUCGGCGGUUGGAGAAGAAUCCGCCCACCCUGGGCAGUGUUGGGGGCGUGGGAGCGGAGGAGCAGAAGGGCGCAAUUGAGGCGGUGGAGAAGAAAGAUUGUGAGGUUAGUCCUGGAGAAGAGGAAGAGGAGGAGGAAGAAAAAGAAGAGGAAGAGGAGGAGGAAGAAGAAGAAAAGGACGAGAUGGAGGAUGAUGAGGGAGAGGAAGAAGAUGAAGAGGAUGGAGGUGGAGGGAUUGAGGAUGGGUUUUUGAAGAUUAAGGAUUUGGAGAAGUUUCUGGAAGAGGAGGAGAAGAGGGAGUUCGGGGGCGGGGGACAGAAGGCAUUGGAGGAUGACGCGGAAGGCGAGGACGAGGAUGAAGAAGAAGAUGAGAUGCGCGGCGAAGAAGAAGAUGAUGAUGACGACGACGAAGAGAUUGGUCUUGGUGGAAUUGGAAGUGAAGCUGAUCUUCAUGAGAAAUCAACCACAUAUCCCAGAUAUGAAGACUUUUUUGGUAAUAAAAAGAGGAAAAAGGUUGCAAACAAACAGUUAUCUGAGUCAGAAGAUUUAGGCACAGACGAGGAGGGUACAGAUGCUGAUGCAGAUAAGCAGUUAUUGAGUGAACCAGAAGACUUGCUGAUUAAUGGUGAUCUGGAAAAUGAUACCGACACUCAUAAGCAGAAAAGAGGAAGCCUUUCAACUCAUGAAAAGCAACUGGAGAAGGUUCGCUCCAAAAUAAAAGAAAUGGAAAAAGCAAAUUUGGAGCCCAAAAUCUGGACCAUGCAGGGAGAGGUUACAGCUGCAAAAAGACCAAAAAAUAGUGCACUUGAGGUAGAUUUAGAUUUUGAACACAAUGUGAGGCCAGUACCUGUGAUCACUGAAGAGAUUACAGCAUCUCUUGAAGAUAUGAUUAAGCAAAGAAUUGUUGAGGGACAUUUUGAUGAUGUGCAAAGGACUGCCAGUUUGGGAUCCAAGGAACCAAAAGAGAUGAAAGAGCUGGAUGAAAACAAAAGCCAGAAGGGUCUCGCAGAAAUUUAUGAGGAAGAGUAUAUGCAAAAGACUGGCCUUGCUCCUACUCCUUUGCCUUUUAGGGAUGAACUGAAGAAAGAGGCAAGUCUCUUAUUCAAGAAAUUGUGUCUGAAGUUGGACGCUCUGUCUCAUUUUCACUUUGCUCCAAAGCCAGUUAUUGAGGACAUGUCAAUACAAACAAAUGUACCUGCUCUAGCAAUGGAAGAGGUCGCACCCUUGGCAGUAUCAGAUGCUGCUAUGCUCGCUCCUGAAGAGGUAUUUGCUGGUAAAGGUGAUAUUAAAGAGGAGGGAGAGCUCACUCAAGCUGACAGAAAAAGGAGGAGAGCGAAGAAGAAGAGAAAAUUCAAAGCCGAGUCUGCUAGAAAGAUGGUGAAUAAAGCACCUUUACCUCGUGUAGACGGGAAGGACAGUUCGUGAUUAUAGUCAAUAGAUGCGGUAAAAUGGCAAAAGUGUUUUACGCUACUGAUCCACUGUUUGAAGCCAGUUGCUGGUUAAAGUUUUCGUGGGUGCAGAUUUUGACGAUGAGAAGACAAGAUACAUGCAGUUUAUUAUUAUAUUUUUUUCAACAAUGUCAGCAAUUCCUUGUAUCAUGAAGUGAUAAUGGUUUUUGUAAAUUAAUAACUGAAAAUUUUGUCAAUUCAGAGAAUGAAAUGCUAUUCUUAUAAAUCGUUUGUUUCGAGAGUUA